GGGACAAGGACUGACCAGAAACAACAGUGAGUAAAUAAGACCUAUACCUGAGGAUCUGCAGGACAGACUUGAACCACAAUCCCUGGGAGAUCAAGAUUAUAAGGACCCUUCCCUUGAAUGAAAUUAUGGCCACCAAUUACCCAGACACCAGCAGAGGAGACUCAAGGGAGCAAGAACUCAGAAUUGUCCUCGUGGGGAAAACAGGAGCUGGGAAAAGUGCCACAGGGAAUACCAUCCUGGGCAGGACAGAGUUUGAAUCCACAAUCUUAGGAGGAUCGGCUGCCAAGACAUGCAAAAAAGCCCAGACCAAUUGGGAAGGAAGGCAGGUUUCUGUAGUUGAUACUCCAGGCAUUUUUGACACGAACACCCCAGAGCGAGACAAUUUAAAGGAAAUAGCCGGUUUCAUGACACUCUCCUCUCCAGGCCCACAUGCUCUCCUCCUAGUGUUGAGAGUGGGUCGUUUCACAGAGGAGGAGAAGGCAGCCAUUGAGCGGCUUUAUUCUCUUCUGGGAGCUGAUGCAGUCAGGUUUUUGAUCAUUGUAUUCACUGAGAAAGAUCAGCUAGAAGGGCUAAGUAUAAGGGAUUAUGUAGAAUCCAUUCCAGACCCCUAUUUCAAUGAAUUGAGGAAGAAGUGUGGAAACCGAUAUUGCUCACUUGACAAUAGAGCAAGAGGAGCUCAGAGGGAUGCCCAGGUUUCAGAGCUGAUGGCCAUGAUUGUUAGCAUGGUGCAAGAGAAUGGAAACACCCACUACACCAACAAUUUAUAUCACUCGGUGGAAGACUAUCUCCAGAAGAAGACACAGGAAAGUGUGGAAUACAUCAAGAUGCAGCAUCAGAGGGAAAUGGCAGAAAUUAGGCAAAGGUAUUCAGAUGAGGAACAGAGGGAAAAAACCCAGGAAGCCGAAGAAAAGUACCAGAGAAGUAAGCAGGAAGCUAGGAAGAUUGCUGAGACUAAUGACUAUAUCCGUUUCGGAGUGGUUCCGAUUAUUGUGGACAUUGUUAUAGCAUGGGUUGGGAAGAUCUUCUGGUAGACCUACUAAUACCCAGAAUUCUUUUCAUAUCUAGUUUCACUCUGGCCUGCAUUCAUAGAGUCAUGCUUUUCCAGGGAGAAGAGUAGUAAGAGCUAGGCAACUAGAGUUAAGCAACUUGCCCAGAGUCACCCAGCUAAAAAAUACCUGAGGCUAGAUUUGAACCCAGGAUCUCCAACUUUGCCCCCGAGAUAUACUGUCCUAAAACGAUGCACAACCCAGCAGCGGGAAGGCUUCACAAACCAUUUAUUUCUGAGCCUCAUUUUUCUCAUCAGAUCCCAAGUCUUUAAUAGGAUUAUUCAAUUUUUAAUCAACACCAAAGGAAAGUCUGAGUGGGGGGAAAAAGAAAUAAAGCAUAAGGACUAGAAAUUUAAAGUUAAUUAGAAGGAACAGAGAGAUGAAAAAUAAGAUAUGCAGACAUUGGGGUUUUUAAUAGAGUUUUGAAAUUUUUUCUUUAUAAAUCAAUCUUUAUUUUAAAAGCAUUCUUUACAGUCCUGGAGACUCUGUUAGUCUAGAAACCUAAGAAUCGAUUGUAUUCUAAUUUUUUUAGAUUUUUGGAAAUAUGAAGUACUGAAAAAAUUUUUUAAUUAGGAGAAAAAAUAACUUGCCUUGGCUCUAUUAGAAAAAAAAUCAUUCUCUUUUUUAGGGUUGUUUCAGAUUUUUCUCUGGUUUUCUGACUAACUUCUUUGCGUUAUUUAUACUUUUUAUGGCAUUCUAUGUUUUUAUGGUUUGUCUUAUUCUUGUUCCUGUUUAUUCAGUAUUGAUAAAAUAUAACUUGUCAUGGUUCAGGUUAUUCUUUUUUACUCCUUCUGAUUUUGCUAGGAUUUUGCCUUACUUAUUUGCUAUUUUAUUGAUUUGUCUCUCUGCUCUUUUUUUUUUUAAACAGAUUUGCUGUGUUUAAUUUUGUUGAUCUUUUGAAAGAGCUAAUUUUUAGUUUUAUCAAUUAUAUGAGCUUUUUGUUGCCAUUUUAGCUACUUCCCAUCUAAUUUCAAAGACUGUUUUUGUACUCAUUUUAGCUUUGUUUUAUAAUUUUUCAAAAUGCAUAUUCACUUUUUGAUCCUCUCUUUUCUGUUUUGAUUACAUAUGAUUAUGAAGAAAUUAUUUUUCUUCUAAGGAAUGCUUUAAAGGCAUCCUAGAAAUUGUCAUACGUGUUUCAGGAAUAUAUUUUUCCUUCACAUUGUUAUUCAGUGUUUCUGUUCUAUUUCAUAUGUUUUUGACCCAACCUGUAUUUUAAAUUUCAUAAUAUAUCAAUAUCAAAUAUCAAUAAAUAAAAAUUUUAUGUUAAAUAUUCA